AUUAUUACUUGGGUUUUACCAAUCGAUCAACACAAUCCCAUUCUUAGAACAAUUUCAAGACGAACAAAUGAAGGCUUCUCUAGUUUUUCUCUUCUUGCUUGCGUCCAAUUUAGUUUACGCGAAGACGGCCAAGGAUGUAACUGAGUUACAGAUUGGUGUUACGGGUAGGCCAACCUCCUGUGACAUUCAAGCUCAUAAAGGUGAUAGAAUCAAAGUUCACUACCGUGGGAAGCUCACAGAUGGGACUGUUUUUGACUCUAGUUUUGAAAGGGGUGACCCCAUUGAGUUUGAGCUAGGCGCUGGUCAAGUAAUUAAAGGAUGGGACCAAGGGUUAUUGGGAAUGUGCGUUGGUGAGAAACGUAAACUGAAAAUUCCUGCAAAGUUGGGGUAUGGACCCCAAGGCUCUCCACCAACCAUUCCAGGUGGUGCAACACUCAUAUUUGACACUGAGCUUGUUGCUGUUAAUGGGAAACCAUCAAGUGGUGGAAACUCAAAUGAUGACAGUGAGCUAUAGUCUUGUUGCUAUUCUACCACUUUCCCUUUUGGUUUCUUAGGAUGUACUGAUUACGUUAUCUAUGAAGCCACUUAGCUUUUAGUUCUGGACAUUUAUUGUCAAAGGGUCUGAUUAUGACAUAAGUUUCAUCUAUAUUGAAUUAUAGAGAUACUUAAAAAAUUUUCUCCCAAGUUUAUAUCUUCCAUUUUAAUUUUUGGAGGGAUGAUUUGCUCUCCAAACUUCUUACCGAUGA